UGAAGACUCUUCAUCCAUGCAAAUGGUGAGGCCUGCUGCUAACCCAUGCUGCAUCUCCGCCCCUCCUGUCCCUGAAAAACACCACGGCGGCCUCCACCACCUUUUCGGUAGAAAACACCAUGAAAGCCACCACCUUGGCCGCCAUGGUAACGGCGGCGGCCGUGUAAAUGAGGUUGUGCAGCUGCAAGAAGAGAAAGUGGAGGUGUCUUCUAAUGAGAAGAAGUUGGUGAGUGGAAGGCAUGGCGGCGGAUAUGUAAGUGAUGAGACUCACUUUGUGAUGGAAUCUGAGUUCAAGGGUUUGGAAGAUUGAAGAUCCUAAGCUUUAAUUGAUGCACGACCGACCCUUUCUGCAUGCAUGUAUUAUAUAAAUAAUUUAAAUGUGUGGUAAAAUAAGGGGGGCAUGAUAGUAUUUUUAUGAUAUAUAUGAUGUGAAAUAAGUAUCAGAAGUUACAUAUAUGAAAGUGUUUGGUUAUUUACUUAAUUGCUUCAUGAUUAUCUUUAAUGUACGUGUGGUAAAUUCCUUCUUUUCUUAUUUAUAUAUGCCAUUCUUA